UGGAGUCUUGCCUUGACUGAGGUCCCGGCACCCCUCAUCCUGUGCAGAGCAGCCAUGGGGAGCGGCCGCAUCCUGGGAGCUGGGGCCGUGCUGGUGGCACUGGUGGUGCUGGGAGCCCGCCCGGCUGGAGGCGAGGAGACCAAGGGGUUCUUCCACUACUUGACGGUGGAUGAGUGUCACUACCUCAACGGCACCGAGCGAGUGAGAUACCUGUACAGGGACAUCUACAACCAGCAGCAGAACGCGCACUUUGACAGCAACGUGGGGCAUUUUGUGGCUGACACGGAACUGGGCAAGCCUAUAGCUGACGACUGGAACAAUCAGCCCAAAAUAACGGAGGACAUGCGGGCUAGAGUAGACACAUUCUGCCGAUACAAUUACUUUAUGGCCUCUUUCACCGUGGACAGGAGAGUUGAGCCCAAGGUGAGGGUCUCUCCCAUGCAGUCGAGCUCGCUGCCCCAGACCGACAGGCUGGCGUGCUACGUGACGGGCUUCUACCCCGCCGAGAUCCAGGUGAAGUGGUUCAAGAACGGCCAGGAGGAGACGAAGCACGUGGUGUCCACGGACGUGAUCCAGAACGGGGACUGGACCUACCAGGUGCUGGUGAUGCUGGAAAGCACCCCGCAGCACGGGGACACCUACGAGUGCCACGUGCAGCACGCCAGCCUGAAAAGCCCCAUCACCUACGAAUGGGUGCUCCCAGCGGAUGCCGCCAGGGGCAAGAUGCUGACGGGCGUCGGGGGCUUGGUGCUGGGGCUCAUCUUCCUGGCGCUGGGGCUCUUCCUCUACGUGCGCAGAAAGGGCGCAUCGCUCCCCCGGCUGCAGGGCUCCUGAAGCAGCUCCGGCUCCUGCGCCUCGGCUCCUCCGUGCCCAGCACCGCCUCUGCCCCGUGCUCGCCCGGCUCCUGCCCUCGAUACCCGGUCCCACAGCCCCACAGCCCUCUGCUGCUCCCCGGGGUCGCCCCCUGCCUUGAUCCGUUCCCAGCCCGGCUGUUUCUGGGGACAGGUGCUGGUGUCGUUCCUGCCCCAUUCACUCCCCCGCGCACACACAUAUUGGGUUGGGUCGAGACCUAUUGCCCCCGGGGCUCUUGGCCUCCUUGAGCCCUGUUACGGGCAGGCCUCAAAGGGUUGUAGGAAAUGGGGCCGCAUCAGGCUGGUGGAUGGUCACUAGUGGUGUCCAACAAGGCUCCAUUUUAGGGCCAGUCCUCUUCAAUGUCUUUAUAAACCAUGUGGAUGUAGGACUA